AUGGAAGAACUGGGCUCGUCUACUUCUGGCGAAGUGGAAAGCAUGGAAGAGCUGUAUUCUACUAGCUCGGAAGAGGAAGAAGUGGAGGCGACUGGCGCAGGAGGGAUGAGGGAAUCCGAAGAAAGACAAGGGGAACUCGUGCAAGAAGAGGGAGAAGGAGCUGUGGUGGCGGAAGGGCGCAGAAAAGCCAGGGUAUUUGCUGAAAGAGCGUUCCCCUUCGAGGUCCCAGAUGACGUCGCCUUCAAGAAGGACUACCGUUUCAGCAAACGGGUCUUUUAUGAAAUCUGCGACUUAGUGAAGGACAAGCUUCAGCGCUCAACCGAGCGAUCAAAGCCGUUGUCGAUUCCUCAGCAAGUUGCCAUCUGCCUCAACCUGCUGGGACGGAACACGAAGCAGAGAGAUUCGGCAAGAAUGGCGGGGUGUGCAUCGUUUCCUGGGUCCGCUCACGACAGCCGUGUAUUCAAGGAAUCACAACUGUAUCGGGAUAUGAAAAACGGUAGGAAACCCGGAUGUUUGGUGGGCGACUCCGCAUAUAUGGCCGAAAAUUUCUUGAUAAAAGUGGUGGAGAACCCAACCACACAGGCAGAAAAUCGCUAUAAUCGCGCAGUCUGCGCUGCUCGUUCCCACAUCGAGCGUGCCAUAGGAGUGCUCAAGGCGCAGUUCAAGAUUCUGGGCGAGGAAUACAAACCGGAACUUGCAACUAAGAUAAUCGUUGCAUGCGUCGUUUUGCGAAAUAUUGCCAUCGGCGGGAAUGAGUCCAUAGACGAAUUCGAGGUGGAGGCCGAAGAGACGAUUGGAGACGAUCCUGAUAGUUCCACUGAACCGACGUCUUUGACGGAAAGAGCGCAUAUUCGAAGAAUAAUAAGUGAUUACUUCAUGUGA